AUGGCCGUUGAUGAGGUCGAGGCAGGCGAGUCGCCCUUGAACGAAAGCUACGAGUCGACACCCGAUAUUAUAGCUCGAACUGGCUCCGAUACGUAUACGCCAGGUAGCGUAAUACUACAUGUUGCGCCGGCAACGCAAAUAGAAGUUGCGCUUCCAGAAGUCUCUGCCGAGAGACGGGCUGAGUACUCGGCAGUAUAUAGCAGAGUCGUCGAACGGAUUGCGGCCUUUCGCGAUCUUGGUGACGACGUCAUUGAGUACGACGCUGAAUUCACAGACGGAAGAAUUGAUUCGUUCGACAUUUCCGGCCUUCUUGAACAAGUAAACGGCGAAGCGACUUUACGGCGAUUUCAAGGAUAUCCUGAGAUGACCGUCACUAGUAAUAAGCGAAAAUACGUCGCCAAUGAGGAAUGGGAUUCUGAAUUGGAUGAUGCUGCCUUUGAUGCCAAAGCUGUAGAAGAGGAAAUCGAUGAUGGACUUUCCGAUAAUGAGCCCACAUUGCGUCCCAGUCGCAUGCUGCGCUCACGGGAAGCGAGUAGUCGGCCAAGCUAUGCUGGCGGCUCGAUUAAUUCAGAGGGCGAGGAUGAGGACGGGUUAAGCGAAGCUAAUCAGCCAUCGCGCCGCCUCCGAAAGCGGAAAUCAACUCAGCUGAAGCUGACCAACAUGUCUCUCAACUCAAGCAUACUUGAUCAGGACCAAGACGAAUUGGCACUUGAAUCUCGCCAAACCUCAGAGGAAUCGGAUAGCUUCAUGCCUAUUGUAUCCGACCUCGCAAUUAAAAAGGGCCGUCCUAAUCGAUCUGCACAGCGUUCUCGUCGGAUUAAGAUGCAAAAUGAGAGAAAGAGAAGAUUACUUCGCAAAGUAUCGGAUGAUUCUGACAUUGAAUUUGAGCAGCCUCGACGGUCUGCAAGAGCCAACAGAAAUCAGACGAGCAUGCAAGACGACGCUUUCAUGGACGACGACUCGUUUUAUGUGAUUGAUGACAAAGCAGCCGCUACGCCAAAGAUUAUCUCUGUUAGAGAAGUUUUCCAACCAAUAUCUCCAGACUCUGAUUUCGGUUCUGCGCAUAUGCAGGUUUGCCAUACAUGUGGAGGCUCGAAGCAGCGGGGCCAGCUGCUGUAUUGCCAAGGAUGCUCCUUGACGUACCACAAGAAUUGCAUUGGAUACCGGAGCAACCGUGACCAUAUGGCCACCAAAAUUGGAGAAGAUGACUUUGUGCUGCAAUGCAGGUUCUGCCUUAAUACUCACUUGAAGAAAGAUCGCAGUGCGCCCAGACACAGCGCGUGCCAGAGCUGUAAAAAAGAUGGUCGAGCCUGCCCGCCAUUUUCACAAAAGAAGACGGCUCGGCAAGAAGAAAAACUUCGUGAAGAGAACGGUGGUGUCGACCCAGUUACCCCCAUCUCUCCCGAGCUUAUUAAUAAUUCUGGCAACGUUCUUUUUCGGUGUACUACUUGUCACCGGGGCUGGCAUCAAGAGCAUCUGCCCUCCACUGGGGAUGAUGCUGUUGGAACCGAUGUUAAACCCGAGCACCUGAAGGAUUAUUCCGCUGAUUGGCAGUGCAAUGAUUGUAACUCUGCCAGGAGCAAAAUACACCGCCUGGUAGCAUGGCGACCUUCUACUCAACGUAACCCCCUCCCAGCGUACGGAGAUGUUAAUGAAGAUGAGAAAGAAUAUCUUGUCAAGUGGCAAGAGGCUUCAUUUGCGCACUGCUCCUGGGUCCCUGGAGCUUGGUUAUUUGGUGUUACCGCUGGCAGCAUGCGGUCCUCGUUUGCAAAACGCGCAGCUGAGCAGAAUCUUCUCAAGCUCAACAGUGAAGAAGCUAUCCCAGACGAAUUCAUCACCCCUGAUAUCAUUUUCAACGUCAAGUUGAACAACGCGGGCUCUCGAAGCAAAACAAAAGAAGAGGAUCUUGCCAAUAUCUCCAAAGUCAAGAGUAUGCUAGUCAAGUUCCACGGCCUUGGCUAUGAUGAUGUUGUAUGGGAUUCCCCACCUAGUCAAGAUAAGCCUCGACUUUACAGCGCCUUUGUAGAAGCUUAUUGCGGAUACAUAGAGGGCAAACACUUUCGUAACGAGCCUUCUUCAAAAAUCCGAGAACGUAUCAGAGCAUAUAAGAACAACCCAUUUAAAGAAGUGGACACGCAGCCUGUUGGCCUUAAACGAGGAAAGCUCAUGGGUUACCAGAUAGAAGGCCUAAACUGGCUGCUGCAGAACUUUCACCAAAGCCGAAGCAUUGUCCUUGCAGAUGAAAUGGGAUUGGGUAAGACAGUCCAGGUCGUUGGUCUUGUAACCUCUUUAAUUCAAGAUACACCAAGGUGCUGGCCCUUCCUCAUCGUGGUUCCGAAUGCUACCUGCCCCAAUUGGCGUCGAGAGUUCAAGCAAUGGGCUCCAGGUAUCAGAGUCGUCGCUUACUACGGAGGCAAAGAACCUCAAGAUAUUGCCUAUACAUAUGAGCUGUUUCCAAACGGCACUACCGAAAUGAAGGCUCAAGUUGUGAUCAUGUCGUAUGACUCCGCGCAGGACCCGCGAACGUUAUCACUUUUCAAGUCCGCCAACUGGGCGGGACUGGUUGUGGAUGAAGGCCAACGACUGAAAAAUGACCAAAACCUCCUCUACACUGCCCUGAGGUCCAUGAAAAUACCUUUCCGUCUGCUUCUGACCGGUACACCGCUGCAGAACAACAAGAGGGAGCUCUUCAAUCUUCUACAGUUCAUCGACGAGAAACAAAACGCAGAAAAAUUAGACCAGGAAUACGCAGUCCUUGACAAAGAAAGUCUUCCUAAGCUGCACGAAAAAAUCCGGCCGUAUUUCUUGCGCAGAACAAAGCUUGGCGUCCUAAAAUUUCUCCCCCCCAUGGCACAGAUUAUUCUACCUGUUACUAUGACCGUUAUUCAGGAGAAGCUCUCAAAGAGUAUCAUGGCAAAGAAUCCCCAACUCAUUCGAGCUGUGUUUGCAAAUAGCAAAAUGAGCGCAAAGGAUCGUGGCAGCUUAAACAACAUCUUGAUGCAGCUACGCAAAUGCUUAUGCCACCCGUUUAUGUAUUCCGAAGCUAUUGAGGAACGUCAUCACGACCCAAAGGUACUACAUCGCAAUUUGGUAGAAGCGUCGGCCAAACUCCUGCUUUUGGAAAUCAUGUUGCCCAAAUUAAAGGAACGGGGUCACCGUGUACUCAUAUUUAGCCAAUUCCUGCAACAACUUGACAUAAUCGAAGAUUUUCUUAAUGGGCUUGGCUAUGGAUAUCGUCGCCUGGAUGGAUCAAUUUCUAGUUUGGAGAAACAGCGGCGUAUUGACGCCUUCAACGAGCCAGGCUCUGAACUGUUUGCCUUUUUGUUGUCGACUAGAGCUGGCGGUGUUGGAAUCAAUCUUGCAACCGCGGAUACUGUCAUUAUCAUGGACCCCGAUUUCAAUCCCCAUCAGGACAUCCAGGCUCUAUCUCGAGCUCACCGCAUUGGGCAGAAGAACAAGGUCCUCUGCUUUCAGCUCGUGACCAAAGAUUCGGUCGAGGAACGAAUUAUGGAAAUUGGUCGCAAGAAAAUGGCCUUGGAUCAUGCGCUAAUUGAGAGUAUGGAUGAUGAGGAACUGGAGGGUGCUGACUUGGAAUCGAUAUUGAAGCAUGGUGCCCAAGCGUUAUUCGACGACGGGUAUGAAAAGACAGCCAUUCAGUACGAUUCAGCAUCUGUUGACAAGCUCUUGGAUCGUUCUCAAAUGGAGAAGACUGCAGCAAAUGAUGAUAACUCUGCUGAAAGCCAGUUUAACUUUGCCCGUGUAUGGGCGAAUGACAAGCUUGGGUUUGAAGAGAGAGUAGAUACUGGAGAAGAACAAGCACCAGAGCCUAUUAGUUCUAGUGUUUGGGACCGGAUUCUUGCUGAAAGAGAAGAAGAAGCUAAGCGAGAGGCAGAGGCCAAUAAAGAAGUCCUGGGGCGUGGUGCAAGACGUCGAAUGGCUGUUAACUACGGAGCUAAAGGCGCCGAGCAAUAUGCAUUGGCUGGCGACGUGGGCGCUGAGUCUUCAGACUCAUCUGAAGACUUUGACGUCACAAAUGCUCCUGAAGACUCUGAUGAGGAUAUAGACCCAUCAACAAAAGGUAAGUCGAAAGAACAGGAACCCCUAAAGCAAUAA